AUGGAUGGAAGUAAUGGACUGGAAUUAGACACGUGUAUGAAGAGUCACGAGGUUGCUGUUGGUACGAGGCGAUAUUUCGGUCAUGAACGCUCCAUUGAACUCAUUAAAAGGCUUAAAAGUUACCUAGACAUCUACUACAGCAACAUCUUUUUCAGGUUGGACCCAGUCCUGCUGAAGAAGGACUACUCCAAAGAUGGGACGUGCUCAAUAGAAGCUCUUGACUCGCUUCCAGAUCGCGAAACAGCUCUAGAGGAUAUCGUUAAUGGGUCUGUGCUUUAUGGACCGUCGUUGCUGGCUCUUUUCAAAAUUCCUGGAGGAUCGGCAAUCGGCUCCUUGUUGAUAUUUCCCCUAUCGGUAGGUGUCCCGGGAUGUAACAGUAACAUCGUUUCAAACAACCUCAUUGACGCUAUAAUUGGAAUCUCGGAUGAUUGUCUAAAGGCUAGCAAAGAGGAUAUUACCAGGAUUAAAAGUGAGCUUGAGAUUGAAUUCAAGGGAGAGGAAACGAAAUAUAGCCCCGGAGUAAUAAAUAAAUUUGAUGAGCACCUAAAUUGCUUUAUGGAUUCUAAAUCGCUGAUUUCCGUUUACUUUGAUACAAAGGAUUUUUGUCUAUACGAAAUAAAUUUUUCCUCCGCUCUAAAUUACAUGUGA